AUGCAUCAUGUAACCGAGCAUUCGGAAUACAUAGAUGACUACAGUCGUCAGCCAAUUCCUUUUGCACGGUCGGAGUAUCUGUUGUACAAUGUGAACGACGAGCACGGUAGAUAUGGGUCCAUUGUUGAGCAGCAAGGAGUCAUCGAAAACCAGUCAUCCAUGUUAGUCAAGCAACAUUAUCCUAAGAUUCUGCGUGCCUUUCCGAGCGAAUUCGAGGCUUUCCAGUGUUUUCCGUUUUGCAAGGAAAGUACAAAUGUUCCAAAUGAGGUCGAUGAUGUCUGCGUUGGAUCUUGGGUUACAAUAACAUUCAUAUCGCAAUCGACGGCACAAUUGCCGACCCCACCACUUUCACCAGAACCCGAAACUCCACCUCCCAUAGAGGCUGUGAUAGAUCUACCGCCGCCGACGCCAGAAGUAUCUCUUCCUCCACCUGUACAUCCAUUGUACGUUACUGACAAAUCUGUCAUAGUUUACUGAAUUACGUG